UUCAAUCUCUUCUUUAUUGAUCAAAGCAUCGAUGUCUCUUAUGAAUAAACUCUCUUUUUCUUUUUUGUUAAGUUAACAGUCCAACUGUGAAAAAUAAGAUCCAUAAUAUGAACUCAAAUAAAACUUUGUCGACCCUUGAAAACUCGCCACACUGACUCCAGAAAAUACCUGCCAUCUAUUAUCUUUUAUCCUAACCGAAUUGCAGCGUCAUGCCGAAAACUGGAAAAUCAAUAUGAAACAGCUUUUACCAUUAUAUGGAUCCAAAAACUGAAUUGAAAUUGAUAUCUGGAAUCUGCGUAACAAAGUUAAAGCAUAGACAUCUAUAAAAAAAUAAUGCUCUCUUCUAACCUAGAUUAGGCAACUAGGUAGAUAAAAGUGUGGAAUAUUAAAUAAGAAUGGCUGUAGAAGGAACUUAUGAAUAUGAGUGUAUGAGAGCAGAACUAUUGGGCAUAGAUAAACCAGAUUAUGAAGAGUUCGUAAAAAAUAAGGCUGAAAGAGACGCCGCUGAGCAAGAGGCUCUGGACACUGAAAUAAUGAGGGAAGCACAGUCACAAGAAGAAGAAUAUCAUCAAGUUGGUGGAAAGCUUAACGAGCUGAAUAAUAUUUUAAAAUCGACACAGAAGAAAAUAAAUUCUUUUGCAGCACCUCUCUCAAAUUUCCUCAAAUCGAAAAUCGGACGCCCUAACCCUAACAGCAGCAAUAAUCCACAAGUGAACGAAUGUUCACAGCAUCAAAUGGCGUCCCAAGAAGAUCCUGUUGAAAAUCUUGGAAGUAAUCAACCUCAAAAAUCAAGCGGGCAAAAGAUCAGUUUUGAUCCAACGACAAUUGAUAAUUUGAUUGACAAGUUUGAUCAGGCCCAUGGUAGCAUGGAGUCUCAAAAUAAGCAGAUGAAGAGAUUUUUGAAAUAAUAUUUUCUGAAUGGAACUUGAUGCUCAGAUGGUUUUCAUGAGACGCUUUGCAUCGUCUUCCACUAUGUUUGACUUUGGAAAAAAUGAUAUACAAUUUUUCAUCUUUUUUAUGUGUCUUUGCUUGAUGCACUGUGGAAAAGUAGUUGGUACUAUUUUAAACUAUUAGUUUUGUUGUCGCAGUGCUUCUGUUAUUUUAUAAGAUUGUAUUUUAGUUCUAAUAUUGCAAUACAUAUAAGUAAAUAUAUUUAUAUUUCAUUUACAAAGUUUAUAUGUAUGUACUCUAAUUUAUUGAGUGUGUACUUACAUAAAUUAUUGUUGAAAGAUUAUAGGUCCGUGUAGCUAACAUAAACGGUCUUUUAUGGCGUUACCGUUAAAUAAAUUCAGUACUGU